GUCUUGAAGCCUGACAGUUGGAAUGAGACUGUAUUUUAUCAUCAUAUCACCUCUGACAUUAAAGAAGAAAAAUACCAUUCUCUUUCUAGCUUAUCUAUACCACCUAUGAAGGAAAAGCCAUUGUUGCAGAAAAGUAGACUGGAUUUGCUUGAUUUUGAACCUCAGAAUGCUUACUCAGAAAUAAUAGAAGGUGACACUAACAGGAAAUAUUUUUCCAUGUUAGCAGCAAACAGUGAAUUUAAGUUUACAACAUCUAUGUACAUUAAGGAACAUUACUCAGGAGGCUUUACAAAAUUAACCUCUGUGGACGUGCCACAUACAAACCCAGCAACUUCUAACAACAUGAAAAAAACAUAUAUAGAAAUUAUGCCUGACAGCCAGCUGAUGAGUUCCAUGACAGGGUACAGUAGAGAACAGCUUAUGUCAGCACUUCCAGUAGGAGCAAGCUGGACUAACUCAGAAUUUAAGCAUGUUGUAGCAACAUUGCCUGCUUAUGAACAAUCACUGGUGGACAUGUCUUUGGAAAGUGACAGCAUAUUAAUGUCUAAUGCUGAUUACUGGUCUAAUUAUUUAAAACAAUCCGCAUAUAUUCAAAAGAAGCCAAGUGAGACCCUCAGAAGGAUGGUACUUGAGAACAACUUAGAUGCAUUCCAUAGUAAAAGUGAAGAGCCAGGUUUUCCUAUAUUAGAGCCUGAGAAUAUUAACGGAGCUGGCGUCUCCUGGAAGCCAGGUUACUUAGAUUUUUCAACAAAAUAUUUAGAUAUUUCCCCUUCUUUGACAUCAAGUUUCUGGACUGUUUCCUAUCAUUUGAAAGUGUUUCCUGGGGAGUCAUCAAAAAAUCAGUUAGUUUCAUUUAAUAAAUUGCUUUCUAACCCAACAGAAAUGUUGCCAUCCAUUAGCUCACCUACUAAGUCGGACAGUAUCUCUGAACAAACCUCUACAAUUAGGUUGUUAGAUCAUAGAACUGAAGAAAUGAACUUCUCUAGCCAUGCCACAGCUUCAGAAAGACAAAUUUUCAGUUUACUUAAUCCAGGCCUUUCGAGGAGAAUCUCAGAAAGCAAUGACAAGACGAUAUCACAGUUGCAGUCAACAGUGAACUUUGCAAAUUUAACUGUAUCUUCCAGCAGUGAGUUAUAUUUUGAUUUUCUUUUCCCUUCUCUUGAAGCACCUUUGCAUCACCACUCUGUACAGAUAAGUCCCUUUGACAAGGCACUUGUAAACUCUAUGGAAAAAUUAAUGUUUUAUCACAGUUUACAUAAGCAAGGUGGAGCUGAUGUAAUAAGCCACAGAACCAAUGUGACUGUCCUAAACAACACGCAGCAACUUGCUUCUGUCCUUAUAACACAUUCAGGAAUGCAGCCUUCAUGUUCAAAGGACAGCCAAACUGUUUGCUUGGUCAAUACACUUGUUAAUAGUUUGGUAAACAGUACAAGAACACGUGGAUUAUUGCAGUUUGAAAGUGUUUUGAAGAAUGAUACUAUAACUAAUACUGGUGAUAAUACAAGAAGUGAAGUUCAAAUAGAUCCAGGGUUUUUUAUAAAACGUAACAGUUCAGUGAGUUCUGACUUACUCAUAACAACAUUGUCUUUGGAAUUGAAGCAGCCUUUUCAUUCAGACUCAAAAUUUAGAGUCACUGUACAUCCCAACAGCUACUCUACACCUCCACUCCCACAGGGUCUUCAGAACCACCUUGAUACAAUUUCUCCAAGCCUGACCCCUGGGUGGGACGUAGAGGAAUUAAGGUUACCUACAACAGAAAGAGCAAGAAGUCUUCUAACAGUCUCAAAUGGAAAAAACUCCAUUGAAAAUCAAGACAACAGUAUUAGAUACUCCCCAAGGGCAGGAGAACAAGAAAUCGUUGGUGAUAAUAACGAAAAACAGAAUCCUGCUGUUCUGAUAUCAACUAACAAAUCAAGGCUUUCAGAUCAGAAUUUGGAAGGAGAGGUGUAUGGAUCCUUCAGCAAGCACAGAGAAGGAAUGUCUUCUCUGAAUAUUUUUAGCACUCCUAUCUUGGAUUUUGAAAAUACUGAUUAUAGACGCUUCUCUUCCCUUCUGGUAUCAUCAAGAACUGCAAUAAUUAAUGAUGUGAUACCUUUGCCAUCUUCAUACAGUGGAAUUACUAUUCAGCACAAAGAGGCAACACUGAACCACUCUCUAAUGACACCUGGAGCAGCAAUCCAUGACUCUCACAUGCAUUCCCGUAUGCAAAUUUCACCUGUAAUGUACCAUCAGUCAUCAGUUUUGUCACAUGUUCAUUCCUUAAGUAAUUUAUCAUCUGAGACAAGCCAAAAUACCACCCUUUACCCACCACUGAAUCAACUUACUAGAUCUCCCACAGUCAUUUUAUCUUGCACCUUCACUGAGUUGGGCUGCCUGUGCCGACCAGAGAUCAACUACAGUGGGCUAUUCUACAGGAUAUCUAUAACUGUCUUUAGUUACAACUCCAACUCAGAAUCAAAAGUACAUGAUGUGGUUGCAGAAUGGCUAAACCAUACUUUCCAGAACUGGAAUUACACUGUAUAUGUGGUCAAUAUCAGCAUCCAACCUGGUACCAUAAAAGAGGCAGUAAGAGAAAAAAGAAACAUCGAUAGUAAACGUUUUGAGGUUUUAGCCCUUCUGGUUUAUAAUGCUACCAACAACAUCAAUUUAGAAGAACAAGACAUCCGACAAAAGCUCAUAAAUAAUAAUGAGUCCAUAGCAGAGGGAUAUAGGCUUCAUACAGUGGAAGUUGAUCCAGUGGAAAAAUGUUUAGCUGAAGAAAACCCUCCAAACUAUUUUUGGCCAGAUACCAGACCGACAGUUACCAACUUUACAUUUUGCCAUGGGAGUUCAGUUCAGAUUGCAUCAAGAACCUGCUAUUUGGGUCUGCAGAAUUACACAUCAUACUGGGGCCAACCAGAUCUUAGAAAUUGCACAGAAAAUGCAGCUGAUAUUGCCAAUCAGCUUCUGAAUCUCACCGGUGAAGGUCAACAGCUUACCUCAGACAAAGUAAACGAUGUUGUCCAGAAACUCAAAAAAAUUGUGAACGAUGAAGAAAUUGAUGAAUCUCUUGGUUCUACCGUGGUGACAAUUUUUUCCAAUAUUCUAAACAGUUCAGACAGUGUAUUGGCAGCAUCAUCUUCAGAAGCUCUUAAAACUAUUGACGCCUUGGCUUUAAAGAUCCAAUUCACAGGACCAUCCAUGAGUAUUUCAACACGCAAUCUUGCACUUGGAGUAUCUUCUGUGAAUUCAACUUCAUUCAAAGGUUCUUCUUUCAGUGUCAGUCCGCAGAAUAAUGCAUCUGAUUUCCAGAUAGACUUUGACAAGGAUCAGACAAAUGCCAUUGCUUCUGUCAUUCUCCCACCAAGUUUACUGAAGAAUUUAAGUCAAGAUGACUUUGAAGUUAUAUCGAGGGCUCAAUUUACUUUCUUCAAUAAAAAUGGUCUUUUUCAGGAUGCAGAAACUCCUGGCAACUUGACCAGUUUUGUGGUGGCAUGCAGUAUUGGAAACAUAACUAUUCGAGAUCUUCAGGAAUAUGUGAAGAUUACAAUUAAACAUACCAAAAUUCAAGAAGAUCCUAAGCCUACCUGUGUCUUCUGGGAUAUGGCCAAGAAUGGUGGCAAUGGUGGCUGGAACCCUACGGGCUGCAAAGUGCAAGCAGACUCCAAUGAAAAUGAAACGGUUUGCUUGUGCAACCACCUCACACAUUUUGGGGUACUCAUGGACCUUCAGGGAACCGCUACAGAAAUAGAUGCACAGAAUACCAAAAUCCUCACAUUCAUCACUUACAUAGGCUGUGGGAUAUCGGCUAUAUUUUCAGCUGCAACUCUUCUGACAUACAUUGCAUUUGAGAAGCUAAGAAGAGAUUAUCCUUCCAAAAUCCUGAUGAAUUUGAGCACAGCUCUGCUCUUUCUGAACUUGACCUUCUUGCUUGAUGGUUGGAUUGCAUCAUUUGACAUAGAUGGCCUCUGCAUAGCCAUUGCUGCACUUUUGCACUAUUUUCUUCUGGCCACCUUUACAUGGAUGGGACUAGAAGCUGUUCAUAUGUACAUCGCUCUAGUGAAAGUGUUCAACACCUAUAUACGGAGAUACAUACUGAAGUUUUGCAUCAUUGGCUGGGGUUUGCCAGCUCUAGUGAUAGCAAUUGUUUUAGCGAGCACAAAUAAAAAUGCAAGUCGUGUUUAUGGCAAAGAAUUGUACGGCAGAGAUGCUACUGGGCAAGGAGGAGACGACUUCUGCUGGAUCAAGAAUAAAGUUGUCUUUUAUGUGACUUGUGCCGGAUACUUUGGAAUCAUGUUUCUCUUGAAUGUUGCCAUGUUUGUGGUGGUGAUGGUACAGAUCUGCGGGAGGAAUGGGAAAAGAACUAAUCGAACACUAAAGGAAGAGAUCCUGAGGAACCUCCGUAGUGUGGUCAGCCUGACCUUCCUCUUGGGCAUGACAUGGGGCUUUGCCUUUUUUGCCUGGGGUCCCUUAACUCUGCCGUUCUUAUACCUUUUUUCCAUUUUCAAUUCAUUGCAAGGUUUAUUUAUAUUUGUAUUCCACUGUGCAAUGAAAGAAAAUGUGCAGAAACAAUGGAGGAGACAUCUAUGUUGUGGCAGAUUCCGACUGGCAGACAAUUCAGAUUGGAGCAAGACAGCAACAAAUAUCAUAAAGAAGAGUUCUGAUAAUCUUGGGAAAUCCCUAUCGUCCAGUUCCAUUGGCUCCAAUUCAACAUACUUAACAUCCAAAUCCAAAUCUACAACAAAUACAUAUUGCAAACGAAGUAGCCAUACAGAGAAUAUUUUUGUUGACAAGCCACCUUCAAAAUUUGCCCAAGAGGAUGGAGAGCAGACGUCAAUCAUCCCUGUCCACCAGGUUAUUGACAAGGUCAAGGGAUACUGCAAUUCUCACUCCGACAACUUUUAUAAAAAUAUCAUCAUGUCUGACACAUUCAGUCACAGCACAAAGUUUUAACUGGACUUCUGAAUUCUUUGAACUAAAUGAAGCCAAAAAAUAUGCCUGGAAUGGAGAAUACUGGAUAUCAUACAGUGUGAUCUGCCCAUUUAUUUUUCCCAGUUUAUAAUGUUAUCUUAUAAACAGAUUCCACUUGCAGACCAAUUUCUCUACCUUUUUCCUACUGUAGGAAUGGACAAUUUUCAUCCAUGGUAUUGAGCUGUUUUACAAUGUGUGCCCGCGAACAUGGCACCAGGACAGCUAAUCAUAAUCCUGUGUAAAUAUAUAUAUAUAUAUAUAUUUUUUUUUUUUAAGACAGAAGAAGAGCCAUAAGCCUAACUCCAAAUUAUACAGUCUAAACAGAAGCAUGUCCUGUCUCCUGGAGAAAAUAGCAACUGUGUCAUGCAGUACAGUCAAGCUCUUACCUAACAGUUUACUGAUGGUCUAUUUCUUUUGAAAAACAUGAUUUUUCCCUACAGCACUUGUUAGAUUCUCCUUUUUGACUGUCUAGUGCUGCCUGUUCUUUUCUUUUCUUUUUUUUCUUUUUCUUCUUUUUUUCCUUUCUUUCUUUUUUUUUUUUUUUUUUUUUUUUUUUGUAAGUGAAUAAUACACUAAGUCCAGUGUUAAAGGGAUUUUUUAAAACAUUUUUUGACUUUUAAGCAGACCUAAUCAUGCAAAUUUUGCUUACCAAACUGUACGUUCUGUAAAUUCAGGCUAUUCUGAAAACAAAUACAUUCAAACACUCUUACUACAUAAAUCUGAUAGCUGAGGAAGACCUGCAGGCUGCUAGUAAAUCUUUUGCAAAUUUUAAACCUAUAGGUAUGUAUGGCAACAUACAUUUGCAUUGGUGCAGAACAAGGUAAAUCCACAGUUCACACAAAAUCAUGUUUCAGUGUUUAUUGAUCAGCAUGUAGGAAAAGCAGCAUCUCUCGUGGCAACUUUUAUUAUGCAAUGUCUGUACCAGCGUGUGCAGUCUUAUUUUUUGCUAAACAAAACAGAAAACGUCUAUAUAUAAAUGUACAAAUACAUAUUUAGAUUUCUCUCCACACAAACUUUUAUAAUAUGCACACCGUCAGUAUUACUGAGGAAGCAAUGUGUACUCCAGACAAUCUAAGAAAGGCGAACAGUAGUAAACUUGAAUACAAGUUUAAUACUUUGUGAUCCCACAGGUUCAUCUGUCAGUCUCUUUACUUGAGAUAUGCUGUAUGUAUAGGCAUCUCCAUCAGAUGGCGUCACAACAUUAGCAUAACCUGAGUUACAUUUACCAGUAAUAUACAAAUGACAUCAUUUUGGGCACAUGACACUACCAGUAUCAGUAUCCCUCUCCUGCCCCCCCAUUGUCUGACUGGCUUGGGGUUGUUGGAGGUACAAAGUUUAAAGAGUGUUGAGGCAAUGGGAAGGAAUUUUGGCAUUGCUGUACUGUGUACCUCAUUACACUGAUCUCUCUGUGCAGACAACAGACAAGAGCAUAAAAUGCUUACUCGUUUUAAGGUCUAUAAACCUGUGACAUGUUAGCUUGUGACCACAUCUGCCAAAAGUACAUGAAGCGUGUAUCACCCCUUGCCAGAUGCUAUAAAAGCUGUUACUGCACAUGUCACAGAAAGAAUGGGCCAGAACAUCAAAGGUGUUCUCAAUUACUGUUUUCAGAGGAGAAUGUCUCCUAACGGAAAUUUCUUUUUCUUUUUCUUUUUUUUUUAAUAAAAAGACUUCUUUGUACCAAAGUAUUUUUAGGCAAAUACCUUAUUAGCUGCAUUGGGAAGAUGACCAGAAAGUCACUCUGUGAGAUGUUCAGUUGCUAAGCAGGUGAAUACUCAAUGAUUAGGAAUGUGGAUUUGUGCCUCUCUCUGCUCUUUGCACGCAUCUUUGUGUGCAGAGAUCUUUUAAUGCUGUGACCGCACAAAUGGAGUAUUUUCCCUGGCUGCAAACACCUUGCAGGAGGAGUAUGUCCUAACUGUAUUCUGUCCAGAAACACUGCUGUUGCUACACACACCUUAACAAAACCUCAGUCUCCUAACUGCAAACACUUACAUGGUGGUAUGAAUGAAAGUCAACCUUAUACAGUUAACAUGUAAUUAUUAGUAAGGAUGAAUGCUGUCAGAUAUCUUUGAAAGAGGAAAUAAUGUAGGGAGAGGUUAUGUACAAGCAUUUACUGAAUUUAUAUAUCGUCCCACUUGCUUAACUACUGUAGAUAAUAGUGUUCACAUAGCAGCUUACUGUGAGAUUUCUACCUGAUUAAGGUGUUCAGAAGUGAAAAGAAGGAAAAUAAAACAUUCCUGAAAAAAAAAAUGAGGAAUAAUAAAACAUAAUAGAUUAGUAAAAUAUAAUAAAAAAAACAAUAUCCUGACUGAACUGUAAUCUAACUAUCAGUUUAAUGUACAGCUACAUAUAUUGUUUUCUGAAAUAAGAUUUUCUCUUUUCUUUUACUACCAUGUAGUAAUCUUAAACUAUAUUUGUCCAUUAGAUGCUCUGGAAUGCUCUCAGUUCAAUGUAAAGCUUCUAUUUUGUAGUUGACAUGCUGUAACCUCCUUUGUACAUAUUUAUUUAUUUGUGAGGUUAAAAAUGUCAAAUAUGCUCAGCUCUGCUAUGUCUGUUAUUGUUUAGCUUCUUCUUCACCAUAGAAAAAGAGGGAAAUAAUAUUAUUUUUUUCAAACACUUUUUGUGAAAAAAAAUUACUGUAGUUCUGUAUGAGGAAACAUGUCAACAUAGUUUGUAAUACUAGUCAGUGGAAUAUAGUGCAACAGUUUUGAAGAUGGACUGAAGUGGAAAGAAACAUUUUCCAGUAAACAUUCUUAAUGUUAGUGUACCAAAUAAUUAAAGUUUUUUUAGUAGUGAA